GCUUGGGCAGCUUGGACGAGCCAGUGAGGAGAUAACCGUCGCCGGGGACGCUGGCACGGCACUGGGACGCUGCCGCGGCGAGAGUAACAGUAACAGUAGUGCCUUCGCCUACGCCUUCCGCGCGCUCCAUGCGGCUGCCUGGAUUUACCUGACUGGAUCCGCCCCUGCCACGCCAUGCCGGACGCCCCCAACGUGUCGUCCACCCUCGUGUUCUUCGUCAACGGCAAGAAGGUGGUCGACCCAAACCCGGACCCAGAAUGGACGCUCCUGUAUUACCUGAGAAACAAACUCCGUCUCUGCGGCACGAAACUCGGGUGCGCCGAGGGAGGCUGCGGCGCCUGCACCGUCAUGGUGUCCAAGAUGGACCGUAGCACCGGCAAAGUGGCGCACCUGGCCGUGAACGCGUGCCUGGCGCCCGUGUGCGCGAUGCACGGGCUGGCCGUCACCACCGUGGAGGGCAUCGGGUCAACGCGCACGCGGCUGCACCCAGUGCAGGAGCGCAUCGCCAAGGCCCACGGCUCGCAGUGCGGCUUCUGCACCCCCGGCAUCGUCAUGUCCAUGUACGCGCUGCUGCGGACCCUGCCCAAGCCCUCCAUGCACGACCUGGAGGUGGCCAUGCAAGGCAACCUCUGCCGCUGCACGGGCUACCGUCCCAUCAUCGAGGGCUUCCGCACCUUCACGGAGGAGUGGGAGCAGAUGCAGUCCACCGUGCGCACGCACAGCCUGGCCAACGGCAACGGCGUCAACGGGCACGGCAACGGCAUCAACGGCCACAGCAACGGCGUCAACGGCCACAGCAACGGCGUCAACGGAGUCAACGGCAACGGCGUGAGCAACGGCGGCUGCGGCAUGGGCAGCAAGUGCUGCAAGGUGACGGGCAAGGGGUGCGGGGCCGCCGACGACGAGGAGGAGGACUUGAACAGCGCCGGCAAGCCCAAGCAGCUGUUCGACCCCAGCGAGUGGGCGCCCUACGACGCCUCGCAGGAGCCCAUCUUCCCCCCGGAGCUGAGGGUGAGCGGUGCCCUGGACAACCAGCACCUCGUCAUCAAGGGCCCGCGCGUCACGUGGCACCGGCCCUCCAGUCUGGACGCGCUGCUGGAGCUCAAGCACCAGCACAACGACGCCAAGAUCAUCGUGGGCAACACCGAAGUCGGCGUUGAAACCAAGUUCAAGAACUGCCUGUACCCGGUGGAGGUGAUGCCCAGCCGCAUCCCGGAGCUGGUGGACAUCCAGCAGCACGACGGCUUCGUGCGCGUCGGCGCGUCCGUGACGCUGCGAGACAUGGAGGACUACUUCCGCGGCGUGAUGCGCGCCGAGCCCCCCGCCAGGACCAGGGUCCUGUCCGCCAUCGUCGACAUGCUGCACUUCUUUGCCGGCCGCCAGAUCAGGAACGUGGGGGCGAUCGGCGGCAACAUCAUGACCGGCAGCCCCAUCUCCGACAUGCUGCCCAUCCUCCUGGCCUGCAACGUGGACCUGAUCGUCUGUAGCAAAGAGCGCGGCAGGCGGACCGUGAAGCUGGACCACACGUUCUUCACGGGCUACCGCCGCAACGUCGUGAAGGCCGACGAGAUCCUCGUGUCCAUCGACGUGCCCUUCACGCACCAAGACCAGUACUUCUACGCCUUCAAGCAGGCCAAGAGGCGGGACGACGACAUCGCCAUCGUCAACAUCGCCAUGAACGUCACCUUCGAGCCCAACUCGAACGUCGUCAAGGACUUCCACGUGGCGUACGGCGGCAUGGCGCCCAUGACGGUGCAGGCGAGGAAGACCCGCGAGGUGCUCAUCGGCAAGCCGUGGAACGACGCCAUGCUGGACGCUGCCUACGCGACGCUCGUGGCGGACCUGCCCCUCGCCCCCAGCGCCCCUGGCGGCAUGAUCCGGUACCGCAGCUCGCUCACGCUCAGCCUCUUCUUCAAGGGCUACCUGGCCAUCACCGAGCAGCUCGCGCAGAGGCUCAAGAGCGUCGCCCCGCUGCCCGCACCCCUGCGCAGCGCCGCCACCAGCUUCACGGCCAAGCCGCCCAAGUCCUCGCAGUACUACUUCCUGGAGAAGGACGAGACCAAGGGCCCCGUCGGCCUCCCCAUGGUGCACAAGUCGGCCUUCAAGCAGGCGGCCGGCGAAGCGGUGUACAUCGACGACAUCCCCCGCUACGAGAACGAGCUCUACUUGGGCCUGGUGAUGAGCCAGCGCGCGCACGCGCGCAUCGUGUCCGUGGACCCCAGCGCGGCCCUGGCCAUGCCCGGCGUGCACCUGUUCCUCUCCGCCAAGGACCUGGAGCCCGAGAGGAACGAGUGGGGGCCUAUCUUCCACGACGACGAGGUGUUCGCGUCCACCAAGGUGCAGCACUUCGGCCAGAUCAUCGCGGCCGUGGCGGCCGACGACCAGCACACCGCGCAGAGGGCCGCCAAGGCCGUCAAGGUGGAGUACGAGGACCUGCCCGCCAUCGUCACCAUCGAGGACGCCAUCAAGCACGAGGCCUGGCACACCAAGCCCAUGGUGCUCGCGGCCGGCGACGUGGACAAGGCCCUGGCCGAGGCCGAGCACGUGCUGGAGGGCGAGGUGCACAUGGGCGGCCAGGAGCACUUCUACCUCGAGACGCAGGCCUGCAUCGCCGUGCCCAAGAACGAGGACGACGAGCUGGAGAUCUUCUCGUCCACGCAGAACCCGGCCGAGACGCAGAAACUCGUGGCGCACAUGCUGGGCGUGGACAGCAACCGCGUCAUCUGCCGCACCAAGCGCAUGGGCGGUGGCUUCGGCGGCAAGGAGUCCAAGGGCAACGUGGUGGCGCUGCCCGCCGCCCUCGCCGCCACCCGCCUGGGCCGCCCCGUGCGCAUCAUGCUGGACCGCGACGAGGACAUGCUCAUCACCGGCACCCGUCACCCCUUCUUCAUGCGCUACAAGCUGGCCCACACGGCCGAGGGCCGCAUCUACGCCGCCGACGUGCAAAUCUACAACAACGCGGGCUACAGCAAGGACCUCUCCACGUCGGUGAUGGACCGCGCCAUGUCGCACUUUGAGAACGCCUACCACAUCCCGCACAGCCGCGCCACGGGCUACGUGUGCAAGACCAACCUGCCGUCCAACACAGCCUUCAGGGGCUUCGGCGGGCCGCAGGGAAUGUUCGUGGCGGAGCACAUGGUGCGCCACGUCGCCGCCAGCAUCGGCAAGGACCCCAGGGAGGUGGGCGAGCUGAACCUCUACAAGGAGGGCGACCGCACCCACUACAACCAGGAGCUGGUGCACUGCACGCUGCAGCGCUGCUGGUCGCAGUGCCUCAAGGACGCGGACUACCAGCGGCGCCUCCGCGACGUGGAGGCCUUCAACCGGCAGCACCGCUACCGGAAGCGCGGCCUCGCCGUCGUGCCCACCAAGUUCGGCAUCGCCUUCACGUCCCUCUUCCUGAACCAGGCCGGCGCCUUGGUGCUGGUGUACGCCGACGGGUCGGUGCUGCUGUCGCACGGCGGCACUGAGAUGGGCCAGGGGCUGCACACCAAGAUGAUCCAGGUCUGCGCCCGCGCCCUGCAGAUCCCCGAGUCGAGCAUCUUCAUCAGCGAGACGGCGACGGACAAGGUGCCCAACACCUCGCCGACGGCCGCCAGUGCGGGCUCCGAUCUCAACGGCAUGGCUGUCCUGGACGCGUGUGAACAGAUCCUGGCGCGCCUCAAGCCGUACAAAGAGGCCAACCCCAAGGGCGAGUGGAAGGACUGGGUGAACAAGGCCUACUUCGACCGGGUGCAGCUCUCGGCCAGCGGCUUCCACGCCACACCAGACAUCGGCUUCAAUCGCGAGACGAAAACGGGCAAGAUGUUCAACUACUUCACCUUCGGCGCCGCCGUCACCGAAGUGGAGAUCGACUGUCUGACAGGGGAUCACCAGGUGCUGCGCUCCGACAUCGUCAUGGACCUGGGCGAGAGCCUGAACCCCGCCAUCGACAUCGGCCAGGUGGAGGGCGGCUUCAUCCAGGGCUACGGCCUGUUCACGCUCGAGGAGAUGGUGUACUCGCCUACGGGCAUGAUCUUCUCGCGCGGCCCAGGCGUCUACAAGCUGCCGGGUUUCGCCGACAUCCCCCAGGAGUUCAACGUGGCCCUGCUCAAGGGCGCGCCCAACCCCAGGGCCGUGUACUCCUCCAAGGCGGUGGGCGAGCCUCCGCUCUUCCUGGCGGCGUCGGCCUUCUUCGCCAUCUGGGAGGCCGUGAGGGCGGCGCGGGAGGAGGCGGGGCUGCACGGCUACUUCACCCUGCACUCGCCGGCCACGGCGGCCAGGAUCAGGAUGGCGUGCCCGGACAACCUCACCGCGCACUUCCCCGAGCCGGAGCCUGGGUCAUUCCAGCCAUGGAGCACCGCGGUCUGCUAGUUCGCCGGACGGAUGAGCCCCACUUUCAUGAAAUAAUUUGUUGUUAAAAUAAUUUUGACGACGAGAAAGAUGUAACCCUGUUGCGACGCGACAAAACAUUUCAACAUUAAACAAGAGGGGUCUUAGUUGAACACUGUUCAAGUCAUGUGCCAUAGUUGUUUCACUCUUCAAGCAAAAUGUUUGGAAGUAUCCAUUUGUUGCCGAUAUAUUACCGCCCACGUAGCUGAAAAUAAGUGCUUUGUGUGAUGAUUGUAGCAAGACUGGUGGUACGGAAACAGACUCAUUUGUUUGGAGAAAGAGGUACCUGAGGGAGCGGGUGUACUGAGGGGUAUUUACUCAUUACGAAACACAUCCCACAUACGUAAUGCAGGCAAAGGCCUCCUCGCACUGAUAAACUUAUGCUUUGAUACCUACUGCUCCAGUGUAUUAUGUGAUAUAAUUUGGUAUUGCCAGUUAUUGUAACUACUGUACUUUAAUAAGUUAACUCUAGCAUAUCAACUGCCUGUUGCGCAGACUCUUGAUGUAAGAACUGCAUGUAUGUGCCAUUUGUAAAAACAAAAAAACUAUGUAUAAAUAGACAUGAAUUUAAUAAAAUUUUACUCAAUAA